GAACCAAUCGCUGCCUUUGACUAGUACGCUGGGCCCCGCCAUUACAAGGAACUCUAAGGACGCUGUUGGGACUUGCAAUUUUUUAUUCUGUUUACCAUUUAAAAAACCUUCAUAAACUGUAAUAUGGUUCGUGUUUUGGGAGUGGGUAUUGGACUGUUUAUUGUGGCAUUCAUAUGGAUUUUGUGUUUGUUUUUAUGUCUUCUGAUCUCAAGAGCGUCCACAAAUAUUUCGAAGCUUGGGCCAUUGUUACUGAUAGCUGCUGCAGUGAUCACUAUUAUCCUAGUGUUUAUACCAAGGGAACCACAGUUUCCAACUGCAGAUCAGCAGGCAGUGGUUUAUGACUACACAGUUGUAUAUAGAUCUGCUUUGAUUGCAGUAAUGGCUCUUUCCAUUUUAGUAGGUGGUGGUCUCUUUUGGUGAAGCAUGCUAAAGAGCCAUACUGGCCAAGAGACUGCGCAGGUUGCGUCCGUAAAUAAAAUAAUGUCAAUAAAAAAAUGUGACAAUGAGGGGAAUAUACAUGAGCAUGUUCACAAUCUCAUAAACAAAUGCAGCUGUGUGUUAUUUGCGCACAUGUGAGAGCAAAGUAGUGUUAGGAGACCCCAUAAAGCAUUCAAGGCAUUUGCAUGUGUACAUGUCAAUGUACAUGAAAAUACUAAAACUUUACUGCUGUAAAUAUACGUUUUAUAAUGUUUGAAAAUAAAAAUAUAG